AUGAAGAGCAAAUCGUCACCGUCGAAGAAGAAUCCACCUCCGGCAGGCAAAGAACGAGAAGCCCACGAUCCGAGUAAAAUGCAGCUGCAGAUUGUGGACACCAGGCCCACCUCAUCCAUGAUCAGAUCGUCUGUCGAGUUGCCACGUGGUUGGGUCGUCGAGCAAUGGCCGCGUGUUAACUCUGUAGCCCGUCCCGGCCGAGUUGACAAGGUUGCUUCCACCUCCUCUUCUUUUUCUUUUACAUUCUCAUUUUUACAGAAUUUUGAGAACUUUCCAUCUUAUUUUCUGCAGUAUUACUAUGAACCUGGGUCUGGACGGCAGUUUCGUUCCCUCACAGCUGUUCAGGAGUACCUAUGUGGAGAGAUGGAAUAUACUCGUAGGCCACCAAGAGUGAAACCUGGCAAUGAAACUUCUCAAAUUGUGCCCCACUUAUUCAGGAGUGUUUCACCGCUCAUGCUGCUUCAUGAUUGGAUUGUUGAGGAAAAGCCCCGUGACAAUGUUAGAUAUGCUGGAGUAAUUGACAGGUAUUACAUUGGGCCUGGGACUGGACAGCGAUUUCGUUCCGUGAGAUCUGUUGAGAGAUACCUUUCACAGAUGGAAGCAAGUGGAGCUGCAUGCGAGGUACUAAAAGGCAGGCGUGCCAUUGGUAGAAAUGCAUUUCUGAUGGGGACGUUUCCCUAUAAAAUUGUUUGGAAAUACCCAGAAGAUGCCAAAAGAAUAACUACACCUGGGCCAUCUGGAACACCUGGUUCUCGGAAGAAAUUAAAAUCUGCUGUAGAGGUCGAUCCAAUGCUUGAUUUUACCAGCCCUCCAGCGAAAGUAAAGUGGGUUCUUGGUGGACCUGGGGAAAGUCUAUGGAACCCAUUUAUAUUAUCCAUCAAGGACAUUUAUAUUAUCCAUCAAGGACAAGUUUUGUCGUGUGUAGCUUUGAAGGUAUUUUUGCUCUACUCUUUUAUCAAAACCCAAUUUAUAAUCUGUGACGUGCCUUCAAUAAUAUCUCCUUGCUAAUUGCAGUAACUGUCUCUUAAAUCUGACUGGAUACCUAUUAAAAAGAAAUAAAUGAUCAUCAUGAUGGUUAGCUUCCAGUAGCUUUUAAGAUGCUAAGAGUUGGCAAGUGAUGGUUCCAUCUGAUUUCUGAAACUUCUUGUUACCAGAUGCAGGAAUUAUAACUUGGUUGGCCUUUCAUUGAAUCAUAGUCAAACAAUUUCUCUAUCACGAUUGACUGAAUGCUCAUUGAGCUCUUGCUGUUCCUUGGUUCUGCAGGUGGUAACAAACGGCACCAAAAACAGGCAGAGUAGAGAAUCGAA